AUGUCGAGCAUCAACAAGGUAACAUCGACACUGUGCGAUGCUAUUAGAGACCCCAAUGCCAUAUACUUGCCAAGCGCUCGCUACGAUCUUUAUCCUGCCAAACCUCCUCGAUUUCCCAAGGGCAACAAGUGGUGCAAACAUGAUAACCGCUCUCGCCAGCGUCAAAGGGCAAAUGGAUCAUUCGCUCUGUGCCUCACCAAUCGCAUACGCAUCCCAGCACGGUCGCCGCCACCGUUGUCCAUCACAUUAUCCCAGAAACUGUGCGGAGGUCUCCGAGAACAUGUUACCCACGUCUGGACCGCUACCGCCUCGUUUUCUAAGCCGAAGAAAGCCCCUACCACCGUCGUCGCCAAAUUUUAUGAUCCCCUAUAUUUCAAUGAUUCCGAUGGCACAACUAUCACCGACCCCCUCCGCCUUGCUACUUGGUCCGCGGCCAGUGAAGUGAGAGCGUACGAGAAGCUCGAGCCUCUCCAAGGGACCAGCAUUCCUCGAUGUUUAGGCCUCUACGCCACGCGUUUUCACGAGCAGGAGAGUAGAACCGUGUAUGUUCUGCUGCUGGAACAUGUCUCUGGAAAGGACCUACGGUAUCUUUGUAGGCAGGGAGAUUCGGAGCAAGAGGUCCUGGGCGACUACCUGUGCGAUAAGCACCGUGAUGCUAUAUUCUCCUCCAUCUUCCAGUUGGCUAUGGAUUCCAUCAGCCUUGGUGUCUUUCAUGAGGAUUUAGCCCCACGGAACAUCAUCGUCAGACCCCCAGCUCAUCGAGGACCUUUUUGCUCUGCCGAGCGUUGUCCAGUCCGCCUCGCAAUCGAUGCUGAUAGUGUUCAGGCAGUGAUGGUUGACUUGGAGAGGGUGCAGCUUGAUGACCCGCCUGACCAGCGUGCGGUUGGACGUUUCCGGAACAGGUUCGUCAACGCCACACCCAGCAAAUACUUUUAUGACUGGUUCAGGGACCUGCGUCAAUAUCCUUAA